AUGACGGCCUUUGCGGCGCUCGCAGUCGAUUCCGACGAGUCCUCGGACGAGCCCAACUCCAUUUCGCCGUCGCGAUCGCGCAGCACCGCUCCACUCGCUGCCUGCGCCAUCGUGGCUGUGGUCGCCCUGCUGGGGUGGCCCGGAGGGCAGCGUGCCCGCGACUGGGUGUCAUCAGCUCCCGCCUCGCCGCCGGUGCCUCUCGGCCGGCCCGACCUGAUCUGGCUGCCGCGGUUUGCGUCGAACCACUCUCUCCUUGCCGUUGCCGCCGCCGCUCAGCCGUACUUUGACGCUGGGAUGCUGCACAUGGCCGGCUUCAACCGGGAGGAGGCGAGACGCGCGUUCGAGGCGGCGGUGGCGGCCGCGCCACGCUGCGCAAUGUGCCACUGGGGCGUCGCCUACGCGUGCGGCCCCACUGCUGGCGAGCCAUCGAGCGCGGACGCUGCGACGGCACGCCGCGAGGCAGCACUCGCACACUCGCUCGUCGGCUCUCCCCGAGGCUCGCUGGAGGCUGCGCUCAUCGCGGCGAUGGCGCUCCGCCACCCGCCCGUGUCGUGGAGUGUCGACCUGGAUGCCGAAGAGGCUGGCUUCCGCGCGUACGCUGGUGCACUCGACGCGGCACGGAAGGAGCGGUGGGUUGGCGGCGGCGGGCUGUCUGUGGCAGAGCGGGCGGAGCUGGACGUGCACUACGCGGAGGCGCUGCUCUGCUUGGCGGGAGGCGAGUCCUCCACCAUCGGCGUGGCGUACUCGUCCCGCUUCCACGCCAACAACACGAUGGAGGCGGCCGGCGCCCCGACUUCCGCGGUGGCCGAGGCGACGCCUCUCCUGCGCCGUGCCCUGGCCGCCUCUCCACACCACCCGCUCGCCCUCCACCUCUACAUCCACAUCGCCGAGGGCCGACCUCGAGCGGACUCGGCGAAUGGGCCUGCCGCCGUCGCGGAGGCUGCCGAGGCGCUCGCCCGUGUGUCCGGAGGGCUCGGCCAUCUGAUCCACAUGCCGUCGCACGUCUUCUCUCGGCUGGGCAGGUUUGCAGAGUCGGUCGCCGCCAACGAGCGCGCUCUGCGCGAGGACGCGCUGUACCGGGCGCAUGGGGCGUCGCCGUACCUCACCGAGCAUAACCUGGAGAUGCUCGUCCACGCCGCGGCGAUGAGCGGUCGCCAGAACACCGCUGGCCUCCACGCCGCUGCGCUAGGCCGCACUGCCUUCCUCACCACGCUCGUGCGCUUUGGCGAGCACGCAAAGGUGCGGGCCACCGUGGCCGCUGUGCCGUGCCGCGCGGACCCGGUCUGUCUCUACGCGCAUGGGCUGGCGCUGGCGGCCGAAGCGAGCGGCGGGAAGGCGCCGUGGCAAUUGUCGGGCGGGGCGAGGGGCGAGGCGGCCCUCGCCACGGCACGCGCCUCGCUAAGACAGCUCGACAACUCGUCGUGCGACUGCAUCCACGCCCCCACGGGCAAGCCGGGGCCGCCGCCCUGCGCCUGGGACAACGCGGCGCGCUGCAUCGCAGGUUGGACGCUGCGCGCGAGGAUCGCCCUCCUCGAUGGCGACGUGGAUGGCGCGGUCGGCCUUCUGCAGAGGGCGGUGGAGCGAGAGGCGGGCCUCGCGUACGACGAGCCUCCGCCGUGGCACUACCCCACCCGCCACUGUUUGGGCGCGGUCCUCCUCCUCGCGGCGCACCGCGUGCGGGGACACCCUCAGAGCUUGCGCGUCGAGGGAGCCGCGCCCCGCGCGGAGGCCGUCUUCAGAGCAGACCUCGAGGUGUGGCCCGAGAACCCGUGGUCACUCGCCGGUGUCGCUGCGGCGAUGCAGGCGCGGGGAGCCAGGCUGGAGGAGGUGGAGGCCGUCCAGCGGCGCGCAAGAGCGAGUUGGGGCGGCGAUCCCGCGGCCGGGGACGCCGACGCGUUUGACAGUCCAUGCGACGUCGAGGCCGUGCUGAGUGGCUCUCCGGGAGGCGGGUGCCCGUCGCCGCCACCACAGGGCUCCCGCACGCUCGGCCUCGCCUGGUCCCCGUGUCCCGCGUUCUGGGGCGGAUGA